AAGUCAAUCAAGUCUAUGUUUUAGUAGUCGCGCGGUGGUUUUCGAGGUGUAUACAUGCGCGGGUAAUUUGUGCAAUUGCUCGAAAAAUUGCCAAUAUUUUCACAUUCGAAAAUGCAACGUUCCGUUCAACAAGCAAAUGGAGACAGCGUUCUCGCAUCACCAAGGAAGAAACAACGUGUGUCAAAUGCUACAACCAAAGUUACUGUUGUUCUUGGAGCGCAAUGGGGCGAUGAGGGUAAAGGCAAGGUCGUCGAUAUGCUUGCUAUGGAUGCUGACGUCGUCUGCAGGUGUCAGGGAGGAAGCAAUGCCGGGCAUACUGUAGUAGUAGAUGGUGCGGAGUUCCAUUUUCAUCUUCUGCCCAGUGGAAUAAUCAAUCCUAGAUGUACAUCGGUUAUAGGAAAUGGAGUAGUAAUACAUUUACCAGGUCUUUUUGAAGAACUAGAAAGCAAUGAAGCGAAAGGUUUGAAAAAUUGGCGGGAACGAUUAAUAAUCUCCGAUCGUGCACAUAUAGUAUUUGAUUUUCAUCAACAAGUCGAUGGCCUUCAGGAAUUAGAAAAAGGUACACAAUCGCUUGGUACAACCAAGAAAGGAAUUGGCCCAACGUAUUCGAGUAAAGCUGCUAGAAAUGGACUUAGAAUCGGUGAUCUUCUCGGAGAUUUCGACAAAUUUUCGCAAAAAUUUGAUGCACUGGUAACUUCGUAUCAAAAAAUGUUUCCAGCACUUCAAGUUGAUAUGAAUUAUAUUAAAUUAAAAAUCAUCAUUAAAAAAAAACAAUAUUUAGAAAUAAUAUAUUUAUAUUAAUCUAUUUUCAGAUAUGCAGAAAGAAUAAGACCGUUAGUAAAAGAAACCGUUCAGUAUUUGCAUCAAGCAUUACGCGAAGGAAAAAAAGUAUUAAUAGAAGGUGCAAAUGCUGCGAUGUUAGAUAUAGAUUUUGGAACAUAUCCUUAUGUUACGAGUUCUAACUGCAGUAUAGGUGGUGUUUGUACCGGUCUUGGACUACCACCGUCUUAUAUCGGAGAAGUUGUUGGUGUCGUUAAAGCGUACACUACAAGAGUUGGUGAUGGUCCAUUCCCUACAGAACUUUUGAAUGCUACAGGCGAUCUUUUACAAAGGAGAGGACAUGAAAUUGGUGUUACAACAAAUAGAAAAAGACGUUGCGGUUGGCUAGAUUUAACUCUUCUUAAAUUCACUGCAAUGGUUAAUGGAUAUACGUCAAUAUGUCUAACAAAAUUAGACAUUUUAGAUACGCUUCCAAAAAUUCAAAUUGGUGUAGGUUACCGAUUAAAUGGAAAGGAAAUUGAUUAUUUUCCAAGUACUACUUCUGACUUGGUGAAAGUAGAAGUAAUUUAUGAAACUCUCGAUGGUUGGCAAUCGACAACAGAAGGUGUACGUUCUUUAGAAAAAUUACCUCCUAAUGCAAAAAAAUAUAUACAACUAAUAGAAGAACAUCUUGGUGUACCAGUUAAGUGGAUUGGAGUUGGAGCAGGUCGAGAAAGUGUAAUUACGCUUUGACAUUGUUAUGUAGUAGGAUGUUCAUCAUGAGAGAAUGUACUAUUAAAAGAAUCGGAAUAAAAUGAUGGUACCGAUUCAUGUACAAAAUUUAUUCAAACUUGAAGAAUACUUUUAUAAAACAUCACGCAUGCAGACUUCUGAAUAACUAACUAUCCGCCGAAUUUGGAGAUCUAUUUAUAAUCGCGGCAAUCUCACAUGACUAACUCUGUUAGUCACUAGAAUUGAAUCUUGAGCAGCUAGUCAGCUUAAUAAUAUUUACAAUUUAAAAAAUGACUUUUCAACUACCGAAUCAUUGAUGUUUAAUAUUCGCAAUAUCGCGAAAAAAAUUAUUUUCAUAUCUUAUAACUUGCCAAAACUUUGGCAAACAUCGGCAUCUCUGUUUUAUUGUUCGUUCUUGUUUCUGAGAAUAGAGAUGCCAAAAAUAUAUAUGAAAUCUAAUUCCUUUUGGAUACGUAGCACCUCUUUUUCUUAAAGUCUUUUUGACAUUAUUUGUUGUAAUUGUAUCUCCUUGAGCUACAUUUGCUUAUCAAGGAGUAUUGCGUGUUAUAACAAUUUGUGUAGUAGUUGUUACAAGGUUUGCACAAAUGUCUUAAUUGUAAGAAUUGUAACAAUUUAUACGCUCCAAUUUUGUAGAUAAAAUAUGACAUAGUACUUAGAUCUAAAGCAUAAAAUAAAUAAUUUAAAAAUA